UUCCAACUCCUCUGCCUAGAGGGAGUCACUGCAAUUGUUAUUCACAUUUAUUUCUGCGGGGUCUGAUGAGGAGUUGGUAGGAAAAAAUGUGUCUAAGAUGACAAAUAAAUCAUUAUGUUGAUUUAAAAUGCUUUGAAGACUUGAAGACAGAUCCAUGUGAGUCUAUGUUCUUUUGUUUCUCCAAGUUUGUCAGCCACCACAUAUCAACUUGCCUCUUCACCUCUCAAUAUGCAUUCAUAAAGGAUAUGUUCAUCUAUAUAUAUAUAUAUAUAUAUAUAUGCAUACAGCAAGUUUGUGAGCUCACAACCAGCAACAAUUCCUUGAACACUCAGCUUCUUAACUUUCACUCGCUUCAUAAAAACUUUUAACAUUCCUACAUUUACUUCAAUAAAGCGAUGGCCAUCCGUCAAAUGCUUAGACGGUCUUUAUCCAGCGAAAGAAGAUCAGCUUCAUCUGGAGUUGAUGUGCCAAAGGGGCAUCUUGCUGUUUAUGUUGGGGAGAGCGAAAGGAAACGCUUUGUCAUUCCUUUAUCAUACUUGAACCACCCUUCGUUUCAAGAUUUGCUAUUUCAAGCUGAAGAAGAAUUCGGGUUUGAUCAUCCGAUGGGUGGCAUCACCAUUCCCUGCAGUGAGGAUUCAUUCAUUGAUCUCACCUCCCGGUUGGGAAGAAGAUGAUGCAUUAUAUACUAGGACUUAGAGCAGUGCAGGACACAAACACUUUCUUUUUCCUUUCAUACGCACGAAAGAUACUUUCUCGGGUACAAAAUGUAUUUCCUGGACAAAUUUUUGGUAUUCAUUUGUGAGAAUAUUUUUCUCAUUGAUCUCACCUCUCUGUUGAGUGGAUUAUGAUAUUGGAUAUUAGCAUUGCAGGACACAGCAAA